AUGGUGAAGACGCAUCGUGUUGUCCCUAAUGGCUGGACGCGCUACUCGACCAUCGGCGAGGUGAUCCCGAACACCCGGUUCAUCGUCUUCAAAACUCCACUCAACGAGCGGCUGCUGACGAAAGUGCCGAAGAAGGACCAUUGGACAACUUUACAUCUAUACCGAACGCUAGCGGAACGUCAUAUCCAGCUCGGCUUGGUCAUCGACCUCACCGACACCACGCGCUACUAUGACCGCAAAGAGUUCGAAGGGAUGUGUGUCGAUUAUGAAAAGAUCUUCGCCCCGGGCCGCGGAUUCGUUGAGCGCGAGGAGGUCGUUGAUAGCUUCUAUUCGGCCGUGGAGCGCUUUUUGUCGGACAAGGACAAUGCAGAGCUCUAUAUUGGCGUCCACUGCACGCACGGCGUCAACCGGAGCGGCUACCUGAUUUGCCGGUUUUUGAUCGAGCAGCUCAAGUGGUCCUCGCACGAGGCAAUUGCUGCAUUCGAGAAGGCGAGAGGGUUCCCGAUCGAGAAAGGCGCGUACGUCCAAGCGCUUCACAGAGCGGCCAAGGAUGCGAGGAGCAAAAAGGUCAAAGUCGAUUCCGAUGCCAGUGAUGAUAGCGAGGUGCGGCAGAAGAAGAGAAAGAAGGAGCGACGCCGGCAAAUGGAAGACGUUGAGGCGCAAGAGAUGCUGCAACAAUUCAUAGGCCAGAUUAGCCAACAUGCAAACAAGGACUUGGGCACGUCGGCGACCGAGUCCCCCUCAAACUUCGAUUCGCCAGCCCAGCAUUCCGCGCUUUCGGAAGGCGGUCAAGGAGAGGAUGAUGGUGACUAUGCUGGCGAAGAAGGAGACGAUCCUGAUCUGCUCGGCCCGGAGGAAAUGUCAAAGUCUGCGCGGCGGCGUUUCCGGAAGCGAAAACAGGAGGAAAUGCUCAAGGUGAUGAAGCGCGGCAACUUCCACGAGAUCCAGGAGAUGAUCAACGAGCGCUUCGGCGGCGAA